AUGGAGUCCUAUGUCUCUAAACUGUGGAGCAGAAUUUCUAUUCCAAGAGUUUUCUUACUUAAGCAAGGGGUUUUCUUAUUUGAAUUUCAAUCUCACAGUAAUAUGAGAGAUAUUCUGGAAGCAGGUCCAUGGUUUUUUGGCUCAAGACCUCUAAUUCUUAAGCCGUGGACAAUUGAAACUGAUAUUGAGAAGCUUCAAGAUCACUCAUAUCCAAUUUGGGUCCAGUUUCCCAAUCUUCGUUUGAAUCUUUGGAAUUCCACAGGUAUAAGCAAGGUUGCUAGCUUGAUUGGGUGCCCCAUCACUACUAAUAAGCUUACUGCCACUAGGCAGCGCUUGAGUUAUGCCAGAGUCUUGUUAGAAGUGAAACUCCCUUUAACUGACCCUCUACCUGAUCAGAUUCAAAUUCAGGGCCCUAAUGGUAUUAGCUACCUCCAAAAGGUCUUAUAUGAGUUUAAGCCUAGAUGGUGUUCUCUAUGCAAAAAUGUAGGGCAUGAAACUCAUCCUAGAUGGUGUUCUCUAUGCAAAAAUGUAGGGCAUGAAACUCAUCAGUGUAGGAGAAACACUACAAAGAAGAUUUGGGUGAUGAAAAAGCCUGUUGUUAGGGCAUGA